ACAAAUAAGCGUGGGCUGGCUUUUACAGUACCCACUUUUUUAAAGUCGAAUUCUGGGACGUUCCGACAAAAAGCUAAAUGAUUUAUUAACGAAGAGCAAAGCGUGGCUCGUUAGUGACUUAGUCGGUAGCUACUUUGCUGACUUCCAGGCUACUUUUAACGCACGGUGGAGGAGAAGAGGGGUACAAGUAAAGUCGACGACUUUCAUCAACUUUUUGACGUCUCCGUCCGGUUGCGGGUUUUUUUCUCACUUCCCCGCCAGCACCUGCGAGUAUGACGCGGAGGUCGUGCGCCAUCUACACGGUGGGGGUCAUCUGCGCCACCCUGCUCAUUGUGGGCAUCGGUCUGAUUAUUUCCCAGGUGUUCCGCACGCUGAUGCACAACCGCCUCAAAAAGGAGAUUGUUUUGGUGGAGGGCAGCCGUGUGUUUGAGUCAUGGAAGAAGCCACCUCCUCCUGUCUACAUGGAGUACUUCUUCUUCAACAUGACCAAUGUGGAUGCAUUUCUUGCCGGGGCCAAGCCUGUGGUCAAACAAGUUGGACCUUACACUUACAGAGAGUACAGGUACAAGGACAAUGUUACCAUGGUGGACGAUGGCAAAAUGGUGUCGGCGUACAACACAAAAAGCUUUGUGUUCCUGAGAGAAAAAUCUGUGGGUGACCCAGCGUUCGAUAACAUCACCACCGUCAACAUACCUGCUUGGGCGGUGAUGAACAAGGUGAAAGGGAGCUUCUUUAGGGCGUCUAUGGUGAACAUCUGGAUGAACACCAUCAAGAGCGGUUUUUUCACCACACGCACAGUGGAUGAACUGUUGUGGGGCUACGAGGACCCCCUGUUGGUCCGCGCUGCUGCGGCCAACCCUGAAGUUGAGACCACCUUUGGCCUGAUGUACAAGAAAAAUGGAAGCAAAGACGGGGAAUUUAUCUUUCACACGGGGGAGCAGAACUAUUUGGAUUAUGGCAGAGUGGAAACUUGGAAAGGUCAAAGACAACUGACCUUUUGGAACACCAACCAAAGCAACAGCAUCAAUGGAUCCGAUGGAGGUGCUUUCCAUCCCCUGCUGAAAAAAGAUGAACGCAUUCACAUCUUCACCCCAGACCUUUGCAGGUCUAUCUAUAUGGACUAUGAGAAGGACGUGGAGGUAAGAGGAAUCCCGGCAUACCGCUUUACGCCGCCACGCUCUGUCCUGGCGAGCAUGGAGGAGAACCCAGCCAAUGAGGGUUUCUGUGUGACCCCACAGGAGUGCCUGGGAACGGGCCUCCUGAAUGUCAGUCCGUGUCGGAAAGGUGCCCCGGUUGUGGCCUCCUUUCCCCAUUUCUAUCUGGCGGAUUCCAAAUAUGUUGCAGCCAUUGAAGGAAUGACCCCUGAGAGAACUCACCACCAAACAUACCUCGACCUUAAUCCGACCACUGGCAUUAUUGUACGCGCAAACAAGCGAGCACAGAUUAACAUAUUGCUGCAUAGAGUCCCAUACUUCCCCAAAACAAAAGUUUUGAACGAAACAAUCUUCCCCGUCAUGUUCCUGAAUGAGAGUGUGGUCAUAGAUGAAGCAUCUGCAGCGAGAGUGCACAAGCUGCUGAUGAUCUCCACGCUCGUGUCCAACUUCCCACUCAUUUUUGUAGCCAUGGGCGGCAUCAUGCUGCUCAUCUUGAUCAUCCUACUAGCGCGAGCCCGCAAGCAGAAGAGCCAAGCUAAACGCAUUGCAUUUUCCAAGCCUAUCUAUGCUGCGAGCGCUGAUGAAAACACAUCUUACUCCCCAGUGAGCGAAAAGGAAAAAGACGAUCCUCAAAAUGGAACGUACAUCGGUUUGACGCCCAAGGUGGACGCAUAAGCCUAAGGCAGGAACGGACAGGGAAGACUGCUUCUUCAUACAAUAUAACAUCAUCAGCAAUAUUUUAAGGACGAAGAAAACACAACUUGCAAAUUGGCUGUCAAUAUCGAUAUCACCAGUAAUGAAUUAUUACCAAAAAAAUGUGUUAAUGAGGCUGGUAACUACCAUUAUCGAUAAGAAAGCUUUUAGGGGUUUCAAACAAAGGUUUAGACAUUAAUGACUGAAGGAGCAUAUUAUAUAAAACAUUCACAGAAGUGGCCCUGAUUUUUGACUGUCAGGUGUUAGCCAAUGACAAGUAUGUUUUUUUGACUAUUCAGUAUUAAACAAAAUGUGACAGUGUUUCUGUUUGUGUACGCAAUUAGUGUUGGAAAAGCUCUCACACAAUAUACCACUGUAUAUCUUUUGUAAAAUGCAGUCCUCAUUUGUACAAAAAGUUCAAAUGAAGAAGUUGGGGUCUGGUAGUUUGAUCACUCUUCCUCCGCAUGGAGACGAGGAAGACGGUUCAUGCAGUAUCAUUAGUGUCAAACAUUUUUUAAAUUGUUAAUAACAAUUAUUUGUUACUGUAAUGUUACCGCUCAGUGUUAUAUUUGGAAAAAGUGGCUCAAUAUUGAAUCCAAAAAUGUCUACCUGAAUAGAAAGUGUACAAUUGGAAGGAAAAAAACAUGUUUUGUAUGUGUUUUUUUAUCAAGGCUACAAUAUUGUAUUUUUAAUUUUGCACUGGAGCCAUGACUGUUAAACAUCAUCACUACCCUGCCUACUGUCUGUAAAUAAUCUAGUCAUAUUCUACAUGUCAUGACCGCUGUACCAAACACAAUCAUCAAAUGGUUUGAAACAUUUUUGUGCCUUUCAUUUCCCACAGCUGUAUUUCAUUGUCUUUGUGUCAAGGCUUUUGUUGUGCAUCGUUUAGUUUUGAACAUUGCUGAGCCCACUUCUAUUAUGUCAUUUGGUUGAAAUAAUGAUUGGCAUAAUAGUGGACUAAAAUUUUGUGAACCUGUGUAAAAUUGAUUGUGGAUUACCAUAAAUGUGCUAUUUAAAGAGUGUUGACCCAACUACAAAGAAAAUUAGAAGAAAGCGUUAUGUCGAGGUUGUUUCCUAAAUUUGACCUAAAUGACUUGUAAAGGAAACAGCUUAACUGAUUCCUGGUGAUAAAUGCAGCUAGUGCCAUCUUGUGGAAUUCAGAAACAGCUACAGUUGUUUAUGCCCACAUUCCUCAGUGUCUCACAGAGUUUGCAGUUUAUUGAAUACAGUCUUUAAUUGGACCAUUUACAGUAAUCGCCUCUUGAAGCAAAACUGAUGUAAAAUAGCUGCAGAGUUCAGUUUUAAGUAUUUUUUUUUUGUCUAAAAAGAUUAUUUGAGAAGUAACAUCCACGAAAUUCUCAAAUUGAAAAGAGAAAGGGGCAUCCAGCAGAGGCGCUGUUGGUUCAGGCUAAACUUCUGCUAUUCUGCUUGAUUCAGCACUUGCAUGGAAACAAGUUUAGAACAUUCUCAUUUGGAAAAAAAAGUUUAUUUCUCAAUUGCUCAUCAAGGAAAAGUAGUCAACAUAACACUAGUAGUGGAUGUUAUGUUAUUAUAUUUGGUUUUACCUUACAAUUAACGUGACGAUCCACAGAGAGUGCAUCCUGUGGUGUUAAAUGCACAACAAGCAACCCUUUUGGCACCAAAACUAGACAAUAGUACGUAGAUAGGAUAAUUGUGUCCAUUUUUAAAAGCCAAAUGAGCAAAAAAUAUGCAGGGCUUUACUGUGCCAUAUCUUGAUUAGAGACUACUUUAUGAAAUUGUCGUUGUUGUAUCACUUUGUCAAAUGUUGACUUUUACUCUGUACAAAAAAAUAAAAAAAACAGUUUAGUUUGA